AAAAAAAAUAUGGCAGGACUUUUACUUUCUGAGCCCUGGACUUUCCACCUCUGCCGCGAACGGACCCGUAUCGGAGUCCACUUGCUCGCAGUGACGGAUCCGCAACGAAGGCGGUUCACGGACCCGCCUUGGCUCCGCGCUGCAUCCGCUCCGCAUCCGCGAUUAAAACCUUACCUCCGCGGCGGGUCCGUUUGGGACCCGCAAAUUGAUACAACCGUUACAGUAAAGGCGCGUGCGCGUCCGCGGAUCCGACAUGGGUCCGCUUAGGAUCCGAUGAUUGACAGUAGAAUUUAUGGUGCCGCCCGGAUGCGGAUCUGAUCCUCUGGGCGGCGUCAAAACGGAUGUGACAGUCACGCGGGUUUGGCGACUUGAAUGCGGAUCCGCCUAGGAGUCCCUUGCUGUGUGGUGAAGCUCCUCCUACAACAGUUCACCAAUAAAUGCUGGAGUAUUCCCAUCAGUCUACAAGUGAAGAAGACAGAGCUGAACAGUGGGAACAUGAGUGAUCCAGAGUCCUGCAGAAUGGAGCAUGAAGAUACUGAAGAACAAAGAGUCCUGAUGGAAGAGAAUGAUGAGAGUGAAGAACUGAGUGAAGCGGAAGAGAAACAUCAUCAGGUCUGCUCACAGACUGAGCGAAAUUUUUCACUGAAAAGUUCCAAAAAAUCUUUCACCUGCACUCAGUGUGGGAAGAGUUUUACACAAAAAGGAUCUCUUAAGUCACACAUGAAAAUCCACACUGGAGAGAAGCCGUACACAUGUGAUCAGUGCGGGAAGAGUUUCAGACAUGCAAGCACUCUUAAAAUGCAUGUGGAUUCUCAUUCUGGAGAAAGACGAUUUAACUGCGAUCAGUGUGGUAAAAAUUUUCUUUGGGAAGCAUCCCUGAAGAACCACCUGAAAACUCAUUUAAAGGAGAAGCCUCACAUGUGUUCUUUGUGUGGAAAAAGUUUUACUCUGUCGAGUACUUUAAAAAUACACCAGAAAAGACACUGUGGUGUGAAGGAUCACAUGUGCUUUGAUUGUGGGAAGACCUUUUUCACAGAUGAUGAACUUAAGCUGCAUCAGAGGAUUCACACUGGAGAAAAACCUUACAAGUGUUCACACUGUGACAAGAGAUUCAGUCAGGCAGGACACAUGAAAAGACAUGAGAAGAUCCACACUGGAGAGAAGCUGUAAAACUGCCAUCCAUGUGACAAGAGUUUCAAUCAAUUAUCUUCUCUACUCAGGCAUACAAAAAUGUCUAAAAUCAUGGUGUAACGUGACCCAAUAAUAUGCUGGGCAAUAAAAGCUCUUUUCCAUAUCAAUCAGGACAAAGAAACAUCAUCAAAAGUUGUCUCUGUGAUCAGAGUUUAUUUUAAAGGCAGUUACAAGUGUGAGAUUGAGAUCUCGCUUCUCUUUUUCUCUUGAGGUGGUUUGACUAUUUUUUUAAAGUGAGAGAAAUAUCUCUCUUUUGUAUUCAUAUUACUUCAUUUUUAUGCCUCUUCACCAACUAAUGCUUGAAUAAACUUGUUACUCAUUUUAUCAACAA